ACCUUCCAUGGUCAAUAAUGAACAACGCCAGCAUGCCGAGCACAUAUUCUUAUCAUUUAGAAAAUCAAAAUCACCAUUUGCUGUUUGCAAACACAUUUUGGAAACUAGUAAAGUGGACUAUGUCCUUUUUCAAGCUGCUACUGCGAUAAUGGAAGCAGUUGUAAGAGAAUGGAUUCUCUUGGAAAAAACUAGCAUCGAGUCACUGCGAACAUUCCUUCUAACCUAUGUCUUACAAAGGCCUAACCUUCAAAAGUACGUUCGGGAGCAGAUUCUAUUAGCAGUAGCGGUGAUAGUGAAACGGGGAUCAUUAGACAAAUCAAUCGACUGCAAAAGCAUUUUUCAUGAAGUCAGCCAGUUGAUCAGCAGUGGUAACCCCACUGUGCAAACUUUGGCCUGUUCCAUUUUAACGGCGUUGUUGAGCGAGUUCUCAAGUUCAAGUAAAACCAGCAACAUUGGACUAAGCAUGGAGUUCCAUGGUAACUGUAAACGUAUAUUUCAGGAGGACGAUCUGCGGCAGAUCUUCAUGCUCACAGUAGAGGUACUUCAGGAAUUCAGCAGACGUGAAAACCUCAAUGCUCAGAUGUCUUCAGUGUUUCAGCGUUAUCUUGCACUAGCCAAUCAGGUCUUAAGCUGGAACUUCCUUCCUCCAAAUUUGGGCAGACAUUAUAUAGCUAUGUUUGAAUCCUCACAAAAUGUGAUGCUAAAGCCAACAGAAUCCUGGCGUGAGACCCUCCUGGACAGCAGAGUUAUGGAGCUUUUCUUUACAGUACAUCGAAAAAUCAGAGAAGAUACAGAUAUGGCCCAAGAUUCAUUACAGUGUCUGGCACAGCUGGCGUCUUUGCACGGGCCAGUCUUUCCCGACGAAGGUUCACAAGUUGAUUACCUGGCACACUUCAUAGAGGGAUUACUGAAUACUAUCAAUGGAAUUGAAAUAGAAGACUCUGAAGCAGUGGGAAUUUCCAGUAUUAUCAGCAACCUGAUAACCGUAUUUCCUCGCAAUAUUUUAACUGCCAUUCCAAACGAACUUUUCUCUUCAUUUGUUAACUGCCUUGCACAUCUCACUUGUUCUUUUGGAAGAAGUGCUGCCUUGGAAGAAGUGCUUGACAAAGAUGACAUGGUAUAUAUGGAAGCAUAUGAUAAGUUGCUGGAAUCUUGGCUUACUUUGGUACAAGAUGACAAACAUUUCCAUAAAGGUUUCUUUACCCAACAUGCUGUUCAGGUCUUUAAUUCCUACAUUCAGUGCCAUCUAGCUGCUCCUGAUGGUACAAGGAAUUUGACUGCCAAUGGUGUGGCCUCUCGGGAAGAAGAAGAAAUAAGUGAACUGCAGGAAGAUGACAGAGACCAGUUCUGUGACCAGUUGGCCAGUGUAGGCAUGCUGGGGAGAAUUGCUGCAGAACACUGUAUACCUCUUCUUACAAGUUUAUUAGAAGACCGAGUGACUAGGCUCCAUGGUCAGUUGCAAAGACAUCAGCAGCAGUUACUUGCCUCACCAGCAUCAGGCUCAAUUGACAAUAAAGUGCUUGAUGACCUGUAUGAGGAUAUCCAUUGGCUUAUUUUAGUCACAGGCUACCUCUUGGCUAAUGAUACUCAGGGAGAGACUCCGCUAAUACCUCCAGAAGUAAUGGAAUAUUCCAUUAAACAUUCAGCUGAGGUUGACAUCAAUACAACACUUCAGAUUCUGGGAUCUCCAGGAGAAAAGGCCUCUUCCAUCCCAGGGUACAACAGAACUGAUUCUGUAAUUAGGUUGUUAUCUGCUAUUUUAAGAGUGUCAGAAGUAGAAUCUAGAGCAAUAAGAGCAAAUCUCACACACCUCCUGAGCCCCCAGAUGGGCAAAGAUAUUGUAUGGUUCCUCAAGCGUUGGGCAAAGACUUACCUCCUAGUAGAUGAAAAGCUGUAUGAUCAGAUAAGUCUGCCAUUUAGUACAGCAUUUGGUGCUGAUACAGAGGGUUCCCAGUGGAUUGUGGGUUACCUUUUAGAAAAAGUGAUCAGUAACCUGGCAGUGUGGAGUUCAGAGCAGGACCUUGCAAAUGAUACUGUACAACUGCUAGUAACAUUAGUGGAAAGGAGAGAGCGGGCAAACUUAGUUAUUCAAUGUGAAAACUGGUGGAAUUUAGCUAAACAAUUUGCAAGGCGAAGCCCUCCUCUUCACUAUUUGUCCAGUUCUGUGCAGAGAACACUAAUGAAAGCUUUAGUUUUAGGAGGUUUUGCUCAUAUGGAUACAGAAACAAAGCAACAAUACUGGACAGAGGUUCUUCAGCCACUUCAGCAGCGAUUCUUGAAUGUGAUAAACCAAGAAAACUUUCAGCAGAUCUGUCAGGAGGAGGAAGUGAAACAGGAAAUCACUGCUACAUUAGAAGCUCUCUGUGGCAUUGCUGAGGCUACCCAGAUUGAUAACGUAGCAAUUCUCUUCAACUUCCUGAUGGAUUUCCUUAAUAAUUGCAUUGGAUUAAUGGAAGUAUAUAAAAACACACCAGAGACUGUUAAUCUCAUAAUAGAAGUCUUUGUUGAAGUUGCACAUAAACAAAUUUGCUAUCUUGGAGAGGCCAAAGCCAUGAACUUGUAUGAGGCCUGCCUGACUCUGCUCCAGGUGUAUUCCAAGAAUAAUCUAGGUCGACAACGGAUAGAUGUUACAGCAGAAGAAGACCAGUACCAGGAUCUCCUUCUUAUUAUGGAGCUUCUCACUAAUCUUCUAUCAAAAGAAUUCAUAGACUUCAGUGAUACAGGUAUGAAGGAAUUG